UCAGUACGUCUCGUGUGGGUUGGUGCGGUGGCCAGGAGUCCUUGCGUAGAGCGAGAUGGUGUUUUUGUUGUGCUGAUCAGCUGAAAGUGGCGUUUGUAGUCCCCCUGUUUGUCAACGCAGAGGGGGAGAUGUAGCUAACCUUUUCAGUUUGGUUUCAAGGAGCACUCGCGCCAGCUCUGCUCUACACUCAGCGAAACAUUCCAGGAAAUGCGGUCUUCUGGCCCGUUCGCUUGAGGAUAAAUGGCUGCAACACGCACAGAAUAGAAACCACGCAGAGCCUCAGAGGAGCCGUGGAGAGAGGAGGAGCGGAGAGAGAAGGAGCAGAGCAGAGGAGAGAGAAGCCCAGCAGAGCUGUCAAGAUGGCUCAGGGCGCGCAGAGACACAGCUGCCCGCCUAUCGCUCAGCAUCUAUGUUUACCUGCAUCCACGCCGCUCCAGGGGGCUUUUUAAUGAUGUCUUAUUUGGUCCUCUUGAAUGACUUUUGGCCUGCACCAAAGAGGUCCUCUCCCGCGAAACCUUUCUCUGCGAGUAGUUGUUCCCCAGCCCCAGGCCUCCAUGCGUCUCCCAGGCUAGCUCCAUGAGGCCCCUCGACCCCCUGUGUCCGUGAGGCCCCCUCCCCACUCUAUGGAGGCUGAGUCCAGCCGUCCGUCCGAUGGGGAACGCUCCGGAAGGCAAGAGCAGCCUCUCUCUGAUGAGCCCCCACCGGGCUCCCGUCCACCCCACCCCCCUCCCCCCAACCCCCAGCCCGUCCACGGGGCCCUGGGGCGCCCCCACCACCGCCAGCCCCGAAGGGGAGACCUGCUGCUCCGGAUGCAGCAGCACCGAGGUCCUGCCCCAGCAUGGCAGGCCUCAGACGCCCCAGGGCCCUCUGCGGGCUGCAGAUUCCCCUCCCCUUCGCCCUCCUCCGGUUCCCCCGUCCCCUUCUCCACCACAGGAUGCCCCCCCCACGGGGGCUCCUCCCAGAUCGGGCAGGAGGGCCCGGAGGGGGCCAGCCAGCCCAAGCGAGGAGACAAGAAGCCCCCGAAACCGGGGAAAUACAUUUGCACUUACUGCGGGCGACCCUGCGCCAAGCCCAGCGUCCUCCAGAAACACAUCCGCUCGCACACGGGCGAGAGGCCCUAUCCCUGCGCCCCCUGCGGCUUCUCCUUCAAGACCAAGAGCAACCUGUACAAGCACCGCAAGUCCCACGCUCACCGCAUUAAAGCCGGCCUGGCUUCCAGCCGUGACGAGCCCAGCCUAAGCGGGCCCGAGGCCCAGGGGGAGGACCCCGAAGAGCCCACGGAGGGCGAAAGCACAGACUCAGAGGAGGAGACGGGCCGGCACCAAGCCUCGUCCGCCGCCAAGGAGAGGCAGGGCCAGCAGAGGAGUGGCAGUGUGGAGCAGGGCCCCGAGGAGAGCCACCGGCUGGAGGACUCCCAGGCUGUGAAACAGAGGUUGGCCAUGAGGCUGAGCGAGAGGAAGCGCGGGCCCCUGGCCUCUCCGGACGAUCCCCCCUCGUCCUCUUCCACCUCCUCCUCCUCCCUGGGCCCUGGCAGUAAAGGCAGCACAGAGUCCGGCUACUUCUCCAGCUAUGGCAGCGCCGAGCUGUCCCAGGUCAGCCCCCCCAGUGCCAACGUCAAGACCUACGCCGAGAUCAUCCUGGGGAAGUACGGCCGGCGCAGCCCCCACCAGUUGCACCCCCAUCCCCACCCGCACCCCUCAUCUUCAGGCCCGGAGGAGAAAGGCCUCCCCUUCGGUGUACCCAAGACCCAGGUCAUCGAACACAUCACCAAGCUCAUCACCAUCAACGAGGCGGUGGUGGACACCAGUGAGAUCGACAGUGUCAAGCCCCGACGUUCCUCCCUCUCCAGGAAGAGCAGCCUGGAGUCGCCCAAGUUCGCCUCCCCUUCCAAAGACCCGUACGUCUUCGAGCCCAAAAGCGACGCCCCUGGCCCAAGCGGCCUGGGGACCCCCGGCGGACCGGAUGGCGAGCCGUCCGGGAUCCAGGUGUGCUCCACCGCGGUGCCUCUGCUGAGAAGCCACUCCAUGCCCACCUGCGCCAGCCAGGGGGACCCCGCCAGCUGUGCCAUCCCCCCGAAGGGCUUCCGUCUCAGCCAGUCCUUCGACGAGCAGCAGGCGAUGGUGGCGGAGAUGAGGGUGGGCCACGCCCAGCGCAUGCUGAGGCGCCAGCCCGCCAUCGAGAUGCCCCCGGGUGCCGAGCUCACCCAGGAGGAGGCGGGCCCCUCAUCCUCAUCCCCGGGGACAGGAAGCGAACCAUCUCGCAGGCAGCAGGAGCCAGAGGGCAGUCGGGGCCCCUGGCUGUAUGAGUGUGAGGCCUGCGGGGGCCGCUGGAACCAGAGAGACAGUUACGAGGCGCACACCAGGCUUUGCCCGGGUCAGCCCAUCCAGGAGCAGCCGAAACAAGACGCCGGCGGCAGGGCAAUCCGCGGGGACCGCCCCCAGAUGAUGCACUAUAAAUUCCGGGCGCUGGCCAUGGCGGUGAGGAAGAGGAGGAAGGAGGAAAGCCUGGAGGAAGACCCCCCGAGCCCCUGCAGUCCUGCCCCCCCCACCUCAGUGCCAAGCAGACCGGAACAUGGCCAAACCUUCUCAGGUGCCCCCUCCCAGGCCGAUCCCCAGCAGCAGGACAGGAAGGGAGUGUCCGUCAUCCAGCACACAAGCUCCUUCGAGAAGCAGGAGAGCUUCUCGAUGGAGAGUCAAGAGGCGGAAGCGAAGGGGGGCCAGCCAACGCAGCCGCCAGAGCCCAGGCACUCGCCCGCCACAUCCCGCCUGGUCCGCCAACACAACAUACAAGUGCCGGAGAUUCUAGUUACCGUGGAGCCUGAUGCUGACAUGCCGUCCGUGUCGCCCCCGGCAAUUGCGUCCUCGUCUAAGGAGAUGGAGAAAGUAGAGGAGUUCCAGUGGCCUCAGAGGAGCCACAGUCUGUCCCAGCUUCCCGCAGAGAAGCUGCCACCAAAGAAGAAGCGUCUCCGCCUUGCCGAGGCCUCUCAGUCCUCCAGGGAGUCCAGCUUCGAGUCGGUGUCUCUCCCCCGCAGCCCCAGCCAGGAGAGCAGCAUCUCUCACGCCUCCAGCCGCUCUCCCUCCCUGGAGGACCCGGGCAAGCCUGAGGGGGCGCCCUGGGGCUCCGGAAUCCAGGGCUCCCACAUGCUGACAGUGCCCUCGGCCUCCCACCCACACCACCUCCACCAACCCUCCAAAGAGAUGCGACGCUCUGCCUCGGAACAAGCCCCGGCCAGCCCCGAGAGCCAGGCGCCGGUCGUGGAGACCAGGAGCAAGUCCUUCGACUACGGCUCCCUCUCCCCGCAGCAGUCUGCAUCCGCCUGGAAGGAGAGGAGGAAGUGCCUGCUGGUGAAGCACGCCACCCUGGGAGAGCCAGAGCAGGACGAGGGGGCCUCCGGGGGUCAGCCGCCCAGGAGCGGGAGCCCCAAGCCUGGGCCCUCCUUCCCCGGCCACCUUGGCCUCUUCCAAGCUGAGGCCGGCACCUCCAGACUCAGCACGGAGGCCAUUGGGAAGACGCUGCAACUGCUCCAGCCCCAGAUCUUGCCUCUCCCCCAGGCCCUGUUGCCCCUGCGGCCCCAGGGCCAGGACCCGCUCCCCCCAGGGCCUCUGGCCCAGCUGCUGCCUGCCACCACAGCCAUUACCGAGGUCUUGUCCACCCAGAUCAUCCACAGAGCCUUCCUGCACACGCGCACCGGCCCUCCGCCUCUUCACGUCCACCCGGCACAGCUCCACAUGGCAGAGCGCGUAGGCAUGCCUCUCCACCCAUUCUCCAACCUGCUCCCCGUGCAGUUCCCCAGUGGGGUUGGGACCAGCCAGGCCCUGUACCUCCCCGUCCCGCCCGGACUCACCAUCCAGAUGCCCUCACACCGUCCCGCCCUCCGAGAGGCCAGACCCUCCACCUCCUCCAUCUCUCCCGCCCCCGUUUCCCACUCCCUGGUCCCCCUCCCCUACAACCAGCACGCCGCCAUGCCUACCAUCGCCACCUGCAUGGAGCAGCUGACCCCCGUGGUGUCCCUGGUGGUCCCAGUGCGUCUCCAGACCCACGUCCCCACCUACACCAGGGCCGUGUACACCACCCUGUCCCAGAUCCUGGCCCGCUCGCAAGACCCCAUUGUCUGCACGGCCAUGGUCAUCAUGGGGCAACUGGAGCAGGACAAACUGCAGAGGUCCUACCUGAAGCUGCCCAGUCCGGACUUCAAGAGCUACUUGCCCCUGUCUCUGCCCCUGGAGCUGGUCCCCGGCCCUGGGGAAGACUUCGGUCCCCUGGGGCCGGGGGGCAGCAAGCGGAUGCUCUCCCCAGCCGCUAGCCUGGAGCUCAGCUCUGAGGCCCAGCGGCAGCAGAAACGAGUGAAGGAGGAAGAGGCCAAGGAGGAGGAGGUGGAGGAGCGGGAGGUGGAGGAGCGGGAGGUGGAGGAGAGGGUGAAGGAGGAAGAGAAGAGUAAAGGUUCUGGGAGCCAUCUGGAAACAGGGGAUCACAAGGAGGAACUUCCGAAGAGGGUGGAAGGAGGGGUCGCAGCUGUGAAGGAGGAGCAGGAGGGCGAGGAGGUGGUGCCAGAGCAGGCGGACGUCGCCAGGGAGGAGGAGUUGCCUGGAAAAUCUGAGCCAAAGAAAGAAAAGGAGGAGGAGAAGGUAGAGGAGGAGGUCACCCAGCAGGCCAGCGCCCCACAGCCCCGGAACCCCGAGGCCCAGGAGCCGCCCUCCUACCCCAGCCUCCACACCUCCACCUCGGUCAGCUGGUGCUACCUGAACUACGUGAAGCCCAACCCCUCGGCCCAGAGGGAGCCCCAGGACUCCGUCUACUCUUCCUGGAGCGUCAGCGUCCACAACCCCAACCUGCCGGGCGUCAGCACCCGGCUGGCCCUGGGCCUGCUCCGCUCCAAGCAGCAGCACAGCUCUGAGACCUACACCACGGCCACAGCCCCGGGUGAUGCCUCCAGCAAACUGGUCCCCGCCAACAGCAGAAAGCCACGCGUCUCAGAGGUACAGGCUACCCCACCCAGCGCCUCCCUCGGAGUGAAGGAGCAGCGGAAGCCCGAGAAGGACGAGAAGAAGAAAGAGAAGAGAGAAGAGGAGGGGGCCUCCACGCACAGCGAGGCCCCUCCCCCUCCUCGUCACAGCGGGGGAGGGGCCUCCACGUCCAAGCACAGCGAGGCCCCUCCCCAUCCUCGUCUCCGCGUCUUCGAAGGCGGGUACAAGUCUAAUGAGGACUAUGUGUACGUGCGGGGUCGAGGCCGAGGGAAGUACGUGUGUGGCGAGUGUGGCAUCCGCUGCAAGAAGCCCAGCAUGCUGCGGAAGCACAUCCGCACGCACACGGACGUGCGGCCCUACGUCUGCAAACACUGCAACUUCGCCUUCAAAACCAAAGGGAACCUUACCAAACACAUGAAGUCGAAGGCUCAUGGGAAGAAGUGUCAGGUGAUGGGCAUGUCCGGAUCAUCUAUGGAGGAGGAGGAGCCAGAGAGCGAGACAGCAGGAGGAGACAGGGAGGAGCCUCCGGGCAGGCCCGAACACCAGUUCUCCGACGUGGACGAUUCCGACGGGGAAGAGGACGACGACGAGGAAGAGGAGUCCUCGUCCCAUGACGACCCGCCCUCCUCCAGCUCCUCAGACACCCGCCCCUCCACCGGGGGGCGCUCCACCAGCAGCGGGCGCUCCCAGCAUGGCCCCCCCGGCCCCACCCAGGAGCGGAUGGGCCCCGGUCCCAGCCAGGAGCCCUCUCCCCGGCGACUGUGGCCCAGCGGACGUGCUUCCUCCCCCGGGGGCCAGAGGGCGCUGUUCCCCCGGCGGGGCUGGAGCCCCUCCCCCAGGGCCUUCUCCCCCAGCAGCGACAGCUGCUCCCCCGCCCGCAGUCUCUCCCCCAGGCUGGACCUGUCCUCCCCCAGCCGGCACCCCUCUCCUUCCCCCGAACGGGGGCCGUCCCCCAACAGAACCCUCUCUCCCUUGCACCCGCUCUCCCCCCUCCAGCCUCUGUCCCCCAGCCGCUACCGGACAAGCCUGCGGGCCCGGGCCACCCCCUCACCCCUGGGGGGGAAGCCCAGGCCGUCAGCCUGCCUUCCCUGGGAGAGCCCUCGGACCCUGGGGUGCCUCAGCCAGGAGGGAUGCGGUACUCCACAGCUGAUUCCUCCAAAGGCCUGCCUUUUUCCCCCGGCCCUCCGCCUGUCCCUCAGCGAGAGCCCCGUCCCUCCGUCCCCCCAGACACUGUCCACCUGCCACCUCUUCAGCCACCUGCCCAUGCACUCCCAGCAGGCCAGGGUCCCCUACCUGAUGAUACCCAUCGGAGGCAUCCAGAUGGUCCAGCCCCGAGCCUGCUCCCACCCCACCACCACCUCCCCUUCCUCCCCGAUGGAGAGGCCGUCCCUGGGCCUGGGGUGGAGGGAGGCGCCCUGGGGCGGGACCUCCAGGACACGAGGGCUCAGGACUCCCGGGGACCACUGGUCAGAGAGCCAGGAAGCAGGAAGCAGCCAAUCAGGGCUGCGUGUCUCGGGCACAGCCCCGAGACGAUCCAAUCCCGAGACAGAGACCGCAGACACGAAGCAAUACGGCAGCUUGCAUAGCUCUUCCCACUCACACAGGUCAGCCGCUGAGAACACGGAACCCUGGCCAUUAGGUAGCCCGGUAGAACCGCCCCCUGGCCAAUCACAGGUGGGACUGUCUCAGGGGGAGGAGCCUCCUGGGGUGUGGCCCAGAUCAACCGGUCCAGGAUUGGCGGAGGGAGGGAGUGAAGGUGGAGCCUCAGACAGUCCAAACCAGAGCACUUACUAGUCUUUACCCUUCGAUACAUUGACCAUUCUUUUUUCGCUUUUUCUUUUGGUUGCUACACUUGAUUUUUUUGUACAGCUUUGUUUUUUAUACAGUUUUCAAUACAAUUGUUAACUUAAAAGUUUGUUGUUCUGCAAUAUUCAGGUUUGGUAUAUGAUGCACUUUUUUCUUUUUUGACAAUAAUAUUUCUGUUAAUCUAUAUAUAUAGAUAUAUAUAUAUAUAUAUAUACCGUCUCUCUAAGUAUCUUUAUUGAUACUGCUAUCUUAAUAUAUAUUUGAAUAUAUUAUGUAAAGACAAUACGAGUACAUUUGUAAAUGACCAAAAUCUUUAAUCAAUAAUAAUAUUUCCAUUUUUGUUUGUCCCUUUGUCCAGUAUUACUCAGACUGUCGUGGUUACUUGUGCCUUUAUGUCAGGGUGUGUUGGAGAUGUUGACAGCCUGAAGGGGCUGUUGAGUUGAAAGACGAGGGUUGAGAGGGGUUGCUGUAGGGGUGUCAGGAUCCUGAGGGUUGUUGGUCGUCAGGGGAGACGAGGGUUGCAUGAUACCGCUUCACAGGAAGCAUUAGCUGGAGAAUUUCGCAAAGAAAAUGCACUGAAGUCAUAUUUUGUAUUGGAAAGAUUGAAUUCAAACUUAUAUCUCUGUACAGAGACGAGUACUCCAUAUUUAUUUGUUAUGUGAGAUGAUUCACUGUAUUAUUACUGUUGUUGUGUUUUUCUACUUUUUCCGUGGAAGGGGAGGGGUAGAACCAUGGCAUUGUUAUUGAGUCCCAAAUCUGUGUGUUUUUAUUGUUUUGUUCUCUUUGACUUGAAAAGGAGCGGGAGACAUGAAAGGUCUCAGUGUGUUCGUCACUGUAGGAGGAUCAAGUGCCCUGUUUCACACAACGCAAAUUUCUACGUCUCCCAACUAAUAAAAAAGAAAAAAAAGAAAAAAAGUGCACUAAACUUU